AUGGGUCGCUUUCAUACUCCGGUUUUCAUGGUGCUAGCGAUGGUAGCACUGCCGGUACUGGUACGGUGUUGCCCGCGGACAUGUGUAUGCCACCAGCCCGCAGAAGUGCACUGCACGUUCCGCUCCUUACUUACCGUGCCAACUGGCGUGCCCAGACAGGUGGAACGGAUGAAUUUGGGGUUCAACACUAUAAAUAAAAUAACAUACAGCUCUUUUGUUGGGCUACGAAAACUAGAGCUGCUUUUGAUGCAUGGGAAUGAUGUGCAUCGAAUUCCUAAUGGAACAUUCCGUGACCUCAUAUCCCUUCAGAUGCUGAAACUAAGCUAUAAUAAGCUUAAGGUAAUUAGCAGACAAACCCUUAUGGGUCUCUGGAGUCUCACUAGACUGCACCUGGAUCACAACAAACUUGAGUUUAUCCACCCUGAUGCAUUUCAAGGCCUCACCUCUCUUCGUCUUCUGCAACUGGAGGGCAACCAGCUUCAGCAGCUCCACCCAGCCACCUUCUCCACUUUCUCUAUUCUUGGACACUUCCCAGUGUCCACCCUAAAGCACCUGUACCUGUCUGAUAAUGUACUGACCACAUUGUCACAGAAGACACUGACAAGCAUGCCCUACCUAGAAAACCUGUCCCUGCAUGGGAACCCCUGGACCUGUGACUGUCGCAUGAGAUGGUUCAAAGAGUGGAAUACAAAUUCACAAGGUGUGUUGAAAUGUAAGAAAGACAAAGACUAUUCUGAAGGCCAGCUAUGCCCUAUGUGUUCCUCUCCAAAACACCUAAAGAAGAAACAUCUCCAGGAGAUAGAGAAACCCACUUGCAAUACUCCCGUUCUCAGCACCCCUCAUAGAGUCAUUUCCACCGAGGACACAGAAAGUGACAUGCUGACAAUGGAGAAGUUUCGUCAACCUCUUGGCAACAUUUCCCUGGGCUUGUCAGAUGAACAUGGACAUCAAGUAGACCUGAACUGCCUUGUCACUGAGCCAAGAGAGCUGACUAGCAUAGGCUGGUACUAUGUUAACCUGUAUCAAAUAUCAGCAAACCUUAAUCUGACAUUAGAUCUACAGUGCCCCAUUGACAGGUCCAAUUAUGAGAGGUUGUGGAGAUUGAUUGCAUAUUACAGUGAUGUUCCAGCCCACCUUCGAAGGGAAAUUAUGCUAAAUAAGGACCCUUUCAUCAUCUUCAGAUAUAGGCAAGAUGUUGAAAGGGAUGCUCUUUACCAUACAGGAGUGAAAGCAAACAUAGCAGCUGAGCCUUCCUGGUUAAUGCAGUCAUCAAUGAGCCUCCAGCUUAACAGAAUUCAGUCUACAAGUAAAACUGUUCGACUAAUUCUCAGCACCCAUCUGACUGAAGUUGUGGAGACUGAAUCUAUAAGACAGCAGAGAAGGGGGUGGGUUAUAACUGAGUCCAAAAAUGACACUAAAACAAUGCAGGCUGCUGUAGUGGGAAGUCCUAUUGAGAUAAGUUGUGCCAUACAUAGCUCAGGGAACCAGUCAGUUAAAUGGAUGCUCCCUGAUGGCUCUACAUUAAAAACACCUUAUAGCAGUGGUGAAAACAGGCUUUCAGCAUUAAGUUCUGGCUUGCUAAAAAUCAAAUCUCUUGAUCAUUCUGAUUCAGGAGUGUACUAUUGUAUUGCACAAGUCUCUGAUGACCUCAGUAUCCUCCCUUUUCGUCUGACAGUGGAGGAAUCCUCCAGCCCAUCUCCUGGAGGUGAAGGAGUAACAAAGCCAGUUACAGGAUUUGCAGGUGGACCUGUUUCCCUUCCAUGUGUUGCCACUGGGUCCCCUGAUGCGGAUAUACACUGGAUUUUUCCUGAUGGCAGCGUUGUAAACAAGCGGGUAAACAUUUCUAGGACAUUUGUGUCAUCAAACGGAACUCUGGUUAUUCGACACAGUCAGCUUUCAGACAGUGGAUACUAUAAGUGUGUAGCAGGAAACCAGCAUGGGAUGGACGUUUUGGCCACAAAAGUAAUAAUAACAAGACCACUAGGUGUCAUACCCUUAAGGAAGUAUUCCAACAGGCCUCAACCUGCUGAGGGACUUUCAACCAAAAUAAAAGUCAUCAUGACUAAUGAUGUGGAGUCAUCUGGGGUUAAUGAACCUGAAGAGCUUUUGGAGAGAGCUCUUCCUAGGCAUGCUGAUUUGCCCAGUCGAAGUAGGGUCCAAAAUAUGGGGACAAGGGGUGGCCAUCCAUCUAGGAAUUCUUGGAGACGUCCUGCUGUGCCAAGGAGGAGAGUAAGUACCCCAGGAGGAGAAAGGGUUAACACUGUAGAGUCUAAAAGAAGAAUUAGUAUGUCAAACAACCAAAUAGACCCAAAGCACUGGGCUAGCAUUUUGGCAAAAGUUCGCAGUGUUGGAAUUAGUCCAAAAACAACUACUCCAAACUCAUUUCAAAGCAGUACAAACAGAAUCCAAGAGUCAGAGACUGCCUACGCAAAGCAGUCAGAAACUACUAACAGGACUGAAGGAUCUUAUGCAGAAGAUACAACAACAAAAAAACCAGCUGAAAAGGCAUUGUACACAAUCACAAUGUCACAGAUGCCUAUUCAGGUUACUGAUUACAACCUGGAUAUAAGACCUCUGGAUUCUGAGGACAAGAGACAUGUUAUUUACCAGCUAGCUGCACCUGACACUGAAAUGAAUUUAGAUUUGGUUACAGUUAGCACAUAUAUAGCACAACCCACAGUUGGUCCACAGAUUACCCAUUUUACUGUGGGACAUUCAGAAGUUGCAGAGGGGUUUGAAAUUAGCAAUAUAUUAAGCACAAUGUCAUCCAGAACUAAUUUACAGGAAAACCAAAGCCAAACAAUUGAUGGUCACAGAGUUACUGAAGCAAUUCAAAAGUCUGACGGUGAAGAUGAUGAUGAUGACUACAGGGUUUCAAAAAGCAUUGAACAUGUGGGACAGAAUUAUCAAGGAAAGACUGAUCACAGCUUAGCAUCAACCACAGCAAAGGCUGACACAGAACCAAGUGCAGAAACAUAUGGUGAUAUCAACUCAUUUACUGAAAUCCUAACUACAAUUAAGCAAAGAAUGCAGCCCCUAAAAAAGAACACAACUCAAGAAAAACAUAAUGUCUCAAAAGUUCCACUGCUUCCUACUGUUACACCAACCACCAAACCCACUUCAGGAAAUAAUAAAGCAACCUUCUCUAAUUCACUAACUGCUUCAUCCUCACAUGCUUGGAACUCGUCCAGCUUGAGGAGGAGGACUGGUGGAAGACAUAGAAAGCCUAAUAGAAUUAGAACUAAGACAAACAGUUCUAAAUCAUCUGUAAAUGUCACAAAUGUCACCCCACAGCCCACUUCAGCUUCAAUUGCUGAGGUCACGAAUGGGUUUUUAGUCAUUACCAUGUCAACUGCCUCCUCUAAAACGAAAAUAGAAACAUCUCGAUGGGCCAAAAGUACAGGAGCCAAGAUGAAUACUACUGUUCCAUUAACUGACAACCAACUACCGUCACAAGGCAAAAUGACUCAUGAAGAGGACACAGAUCUUUUAUAUAGUGGCAGGAAUCACAAAACCAAUAAAUUCAUACCCCAAGAAAAAGUAUCUUUAAAAAAGUAUAAGCCAACUAAAGAACACAAAAGCACCACAACAGUUCCAGUGAUAUCAUCAACAUCCAUUAGUUUUGGAAGAGGAGAAGAGAAAGCAACUUUGCACAAUGAAAAAAAGUCCACUUUGUCUCCUCCUAUUCCAAAUCCUGCUGUGAAGGCAGCCGACUAUGAGUGGUUUACUAGUGUCCAUACCCCUGCAGCUAAAACUUUUGAAGAGAAACAACAGGAAAGCAUUACUGAGGACACUAGCUUGAGUCAUAUAUCAGAUGACUCCCUUGAGAGCUCUAGAGCAAAAUCAGAAGAGAUCCCAGGUGCAAGUCCAGACAAAACAAGCAACCAAUAUAAACCCACAGACACUGAAAAUGUGCUGUCAUCUAAAGAGCUUGUGAGGAAGUUUCCACUGAGGCUAUUCUCUUCAAUUUCCCCAAGUACCCAGCAUGAAACCAUCAAAAAUCAUUAUGUGAAAAGCCAACAUGGUUCAGUGAUGGCAGAGAUUUUUGAAGGGGCUCACCAGAGUUCACUGGUUCCAACAGAUAGGCCCAAAAGCUCUCAACUAUUAAUGCUUGCAACCACACAACCCAGCAGGUUUUCAGCUGAUAGCAUUAACAACAGAGGAGAUUCAACUCCAUCUAAAAAACCUUGGAGUCCAUCAGGAAAUGUUAAUGUGCCACCAUUUACAAAAGAAAACAUACUUACCACAACCACAACAAAAACUACAACAGCAAUAAAGUCCCCUACAGCACGUACACAUAUGCAUGACCCAAUUACACCCACUUCUGCAAGCAGGGUAGGUGAAACAGACAAUACAAAUCACAUUCCUGACAGUCAGAAAGAAAGAUAUGUUACCCUAGGUCAUGAAACCAAUGGUAAACUAGAAGUUAGAAGAACAUACAGUAGAACAACAUCUCCAGUCACACAAUUUUCUUAUCAAUCAGCCAGUGUUAAACCAUAUACUGUCAGUGGCACAAAUUUAAACCCUAAGGAUACUAGAUCUCAAAUAUUAGAGGGAAGCAUCCACAAAAAGGCCACCGCAAAAACACCCACAACUCCAUCACUAUCUUCAGCAAUAUCCUCACCACAGUACCAAUCUCCUAUAAGGCCAGGAGUUCAGAGUAGAGGCAACUCUUCUAUACAUUACACCAUAUUAGGAGGAGCUCAACAAAGACAAACAGCAGUGCCUGAGGGUAGAGGAAGACCUCAAAUCACCAGCACAGACGUUAGCUCUGUAACAGCACAGGCUGAAACUGAUGCAUAUUUGCCCUGUGUUGCUGUGGGGAAGCCCAGUCCUUUCCUUUCCUGGACUAAAGUUUCUACAGGAGCUAGUGUCAUACAGAAAACAAGGGUGCAGAGGUUUGAGGUCCUCUCUAAUGGCACACUCGUAAUCCACAAUGUACUUCCUCUGGACCGAGGCCAGUACCUAUGCAGUGUCCAAAACCAAUAUGGAAAAGACAAAACCGUGGUUAAUUUAAUUGUUCUCACUGAACAACCCAGAGUGCUGCAGCCACGCUAUAGAGAAGCCACAGCAUACCUUGGAGAAACUUUUGAUCUUGAUUGUCAUUCUCAAGGACAUCCUCAGCCUCGAAUCACUUGGGUUCUCCCUGAUAGGGAAAUGGUACAUUCUAGUGGACCUACUCAUGGCAUGUCUGAGCAAAGGGUCUCAGCAUCAUCCAAUGGCACGCUUCACAUAAAAUCUGCUAGUCACACAGAUCGAGGAAUUUAUAAAUGCAUUGCUAGCAAUGCAGCAGGUGCUGAUGCCAUAUCUGUUCAGCUGACUGUUGCUGCCUUGCCACCUAUCAUUCAACAGCCAAGACAUGAGAAUAUCACUCUUCCAGAAGGAAGCACUGCCUACUUGAAUUGCACUGCUAGGAGUGCCCCUCCCCCUUCCAUUGUCUGGGCCACCCCUGAUGGCAUGCAACUCCGUCCCUCUCAGUUUAUUAAUGGACAAAACUUGUUUGUCUUCCCUAAUGGUACACUUCAUGUUAGUAGUCUUGCUCUGAAAGAUACGGGGAGAUAUGAAUGCAUAGUCACCAAUGUGGUUGGCACUGCACAGAGGGCCAUUAAUUUGACUGUAAGGAAAUCCACAAUAUCCUCCAGGGCCAGGAUUACAUUCUCAUCAUCUCAAAAAACAGAUGUGGUCUAUGGAAGCAGAUUGCACCUGGACUGCAUUGUGUCAGGGAAUCCAGAACCAAGGAUCAUCUGGAGGACUCCAUCUAAAAAGCUUGUGGAUGCUCACUACAGUUAUGAUCCGAGGAUUAAAGUAUCUGUCAACGGUACACUAUCCAUCCUAUCUGUGACAGAGCAAGAUGAUGGUGAAUAUCUCUGUGUUGCUCGCAACAAAAUCGGCGAUGAUUUUGUGCCCCUUAAGGUCAGCGUCCUAACAAAACCAGCCAAAAUUCAGCAGAAGACAGAGGUGGACAGGAGGGUAUUGUAUGGAGGUAACCUUAAGGUUGAUUGUGUGGCCUCGGGGCUACCCAAUCCAAAAAUCCAGUGGGCAUUGCCUGAUGGCACCAUGAUCAACAAUGUUAUAAAGCAUGAACACAAUAUUGGGAGUCGAAGUCGAAGGUAUGUUGUCUUUGACAAUGGAACACUCUUCUUCAAUGAAGUAGGGAUCCAUGAAGAGGGUAACUAUACUUGUUAUGCUGAGAACCAAAUUGGUAAAGAUGAGAUGAAAGUGCAUGUCAAAGUAGUUGCAGAUGUGCCUGUGAUUGAGAAUAAGACACAUGAUGUCGUCAGGGUUCUCUAUGGAGAAUCUGUCUCUCUGAAAUGCAGUGCCAAAGGUGAGCCAACACCUCUUAUAUUGUGGUUCUCUCCCACUAACAGAGCCAUCACUUCAGCUUCAGACAAGUAUAAUAUACAUACUAAUGGGACUCUAGUCAUUCAGAAAGUUCAGCGAUUUGAUGGUGGGAACUAUGUAUGUCUGGCAAGGAACAAUGCAGGGCAGGACCGCAAAGUGACCACAGUUGAAAUCCUUGUCUCUCCUCCAGCAAUUAAUGGUCUCAGAGGCACCACAAAUUUACUGAGAGUGUCUACUAUAAGAAAUCAGCGGAAAGUGAUUGAUUGUGAGGCUACAGGCACCCCUGUUCCACUUGUCAUGUGGGUUCUCCCAGAGAAUGUUGUUCUCCCUGCACCAUAUUAUGGGAGUCGAAUGACAGUACAUUGCAAUGGUACUCUGGAUAUUAGCUCAGUGAGAAUAGCAGAUUCAGGCCAGUUAGCCUGUAUUGCUCGUAAUGAGGGAGGUGAGACAAGGCUUGUUGUUCAGUUUGAUGUAACAGACAUUUUAGAGAAGCCAAAACUCAGGAGUCCCAAAAUGGAGUCAUUCUCAUUUACUGUGGGCAGGACCAUUAACCUAAACUGUUCAGUUGAAGGGUCACCAGCACCACAGGUGACAUGGAUCAUUCCAAAUGGCUCCCCAUUAUUGAGUGGUGCACAGUUUAACAAGUUUCUCCACAAGUCUGAUGGGACUUUGGUCAUCAGUAACCCUGCUCUCUCAGAGGCAGGCACAUAUCGUUGUUUGGGACGCAAUGCUGGUGGAAUGGUUGAGAGAACAGUUAUACUAACACCAGGGCAUAAGCCAGAAAUCAAUAACAGAUAUAACUCACCUGUUAGCAUCAUUAAUGGGGAGAGUGUCCAGCUGCACUGCUUGUCAAACACAGACUCUGUCCAUCUCAGCUGGAUCCUGCCAAGUGGCAUGGUCUUAAACCGACCUCAAAGAGCAGGUCGUUAUGCCGUUCUUUCCAAUGGAACCCUCUCCAUUCAGCAAGCCUCUGUCCAUGAUAGGGGAUCUUACACCUGCAAGGCUUCUAAUGAAUUUGGAAACUCCCUGCUCACUGUUCCAGUUAUUAUCAUUGCAUAUCUACCACGUAUUACUAGUGGCCCAGCUCCUGCCACCCAUGCUAGAAGAGGAGUAGCAGUACAACUUAACUGUGUGGCCAUAGGUAUCCCCAAAGCAGAAGUGGCAUGGGAGACCCCAGACCUAACAUGGCUUGUUGCCAGCUCUCAACCACGUCUGUUUGGGAACAAGUACCUCCAUCCUCAGGGCUCUUUAAUCAUCCAGAAUCCCACAACAAGAGAUGCUGGAUUCUACAGAUGUACAGCCAGAAAUGUGGUAGGGGUUGACUCAAAAAGUACAUACCUUUAUGUGUACUGAUAAGCAGAGGACAUCUUCUCUUCAUAUGCCCAAGGAACUGCGAUGUUGAGCUGUCACCCAGCUUGACAGCUUUAAUAUUUGUCAAUGUGAAAUGUAGAAUAGAAUCAGCCCAAAGCAAAAACAUGACAUUAUUUUUAAAAUGAUUGUGGGUGCUUAACAUUACAAUGUGUGCAACUAUUACAAAAAUGACAAAAAGUUAAAAGGUACUAUUUUCAAAAGCUUGCAGUGGGAUUCAUGUAAGCAACAUAACCAAUCUACCGAUAUUAUAAGGCAUCUUUCUACUUUUAUUGUUUGACAAUGACAGUUUAUGUCAAAACGUAUAAAUGAAAAAGACUUUUAUUCAGAAUUAUUCAGGGAUAUAAUUAUUGUAAUAAUACUUCUUUACAUAUUUUCUUCAAGCAUACUUGUCAUUGAAUGACAUUCAAGCUCAUAAUCUGUUAUCACACAACUGUGGCUAGAACAGUUUGUUUUUAUUUUAUUCAGUAUUACAUUCAUUCACAGAUUCUCAUUGAAUUAAUCAAAAAUAAGGUACACAGUUGUCUACAAUAGUGUCUGCAUAUGAUUACUAUGUCUACAUACUGUAGGUCUGUUAAAGGAUUGCUCAUCUUUUACCCAUUUGUAACACUUAUAAAUUAUUUGC